ACAAACAAGUCGUAUAUUUUAUGAGUUCAUUUAUCAAGAGAUAGCAGAGUUGUGACUAAAACUACAACACAAUAUUUGUUUAAAGUAAUUGGAUGGAUACUUUUGUGUGAAUCAAACAUAUUUGAUCAUGUAUAAAUUGAGAUUUUGGAACAUCAAGAGACUCUUUGCUUUGCUAAUGUGUGCUUACAGUGUGAUAGGACAAAGAAAUGGCAACAAUAAAACUUUUGCCAGUGCCACUCUUGACCUUACCUGUCAAACUACACCAGACACAUGCAGGGAUGUGGUCAGUUCUCUGCCCAGACCAGUGGUCAUUCUGUCAAGUGGACUUGAGGUGAUGUGUGACACACAGACAGACGUGGGAGGAUGGACGGUGAUACAGAGAAGAUUCAACGGACAAACAGAUUUCUAUCGGGGGUGGGAGGAAUACAAGUAUGGGUUUGGAGAUGUGGAUGUCGGAGAAUUUUGGCUGGGCAACGAGAACAUUCACCGUCUGACGUCACAGAGACGUUACGAGCUGAGGGUCGAUUUUAGAUUUAACAACACGGACUACUUCGCUAAAUAUUCCAGGUUUCGGGUGUAUGGAGAGGUGGAAGGUUAUAGGUUAAAGGUCAGCGGUUAUUCUGGCAACGCUGGGGAUUCUUUGUUAAACGUACACAACAAUCAGAAGUUUAGCACACUUGACAGGGACAACGAACUUGACAGAAGAAACUGCGCCCAAAAUUUUCACGGCGCCUGGUGGUACUAUUUGUGUCACGUGUCCAAUCUGAACGGACUUUGGAGAAGCUCUGAAUUCGGUAAGGGACUAAACUGGUACUCAACAACAGGCCAUUUUGCCUCUGCUACAUUUACUGAAAUAAAAAUGAGGCCGAUUUAA